AUGGGCAAAAUAAGGAAUAGGAAUUCAAAGAAUAUUCCUAAAAUAUCACCAGAGGCCAAAUUGCAGCCAUGUUCGACAACAUGCAAGAUGGCAGCAAAGACAGCAAGGAUUCGGAAAAGUUGUAAGAAGGCUAAGAGAGAGGAAGGGAUUAAUAUAGUGGAGGUGAUAACUUCAGCACAAGAAGGCAUGUUGGCAGCGUGGUCAAGAAUUGCUGUAAGAGCCAGUCAAUCCAAAUCUGUGAAUUCACGUCCCAUUCCUGCUUCUGUUGAGACCUUUCUGCUGCAAGCCCCUGGCAUCAGGUGGUGUGUGGUCCAUGGCAGACCUCUGUUGGCAGACACAAAAGGUUGGGUUCGCCUGCAGUUUCAUGCAGGUCAGGCCUGGGUACCUGACACCCCCAAGAGGAUGAUCUCUCUCUUCCUGUUACCCGCCUGCACUUUCCCGUCCCCUGGCCUAGAAGAUAAUAUGUUAUGCCCCGAAUGUGCUAAGAGGAAUAAGAAGAUAAUGAAAAGAUUAAUUGCUAUGGGGAAGGAGAGGCGACGUGGCUUGAAAACAUCAACAUCUUUGCCUUUGAGUGGGCCAUAUCUUAAUAACGAAUAA